AAGACGUGGGUCACGCAGUAUUAACAGCUGUCCCGGAAGCAAAAACGAAGGGGCGGAGAGGAAGUCGCAAAGAAGGGCUUCGCGUCAGGAUCGGACGGCUGGGGGCGGGGCCGGGCAUGGUAACGGCUCGGAAGCCGAGGGGGCUGGGCCUGAGGGAGCGGGAGGAACUGGUGUCUGGUGCUGCGCUGCCUUUGCCUGCUUUGCUGCUCCAGCCUUUACCGUGUGGCCCCCGCGGGCCCCGCUUCAGCCAUGAUGAUCCACGGCUUCCAGAGUAGCCACCAGGACUUCUCCUUCGGGCCUUGGAAGCUGACGGCGGCGAAGACCCAUAUCAUGAAGUCGGCGGAUGUAGAAAAGUUAGCUGAUGAAUUACAUAUGCCAUCUCUUCCUGAAAUGAUGUUUGGAGACAACGUUUUGAGAAUCCAACAUGGCUCUGGCUUUGGAAUUGAGUUCAAUGCUACAGAUGCUUUAAGAUGUGUAAACAACUAUCAAGGAAUGCUUAAGGUAGCCUGUGCUGAAGAGUGGCAGGAAAGCAGGACGGAGGGUGAACACUCUAAAGAAGUUGUUAAACCAUAUGAUUGGACGUAUACAACAGAUUAUAAGGGAACAUUACUUGGAGAAUCACUUAAGUUAAAGGUUGUACCUACAACAGAUCAUAUAGAUACAGAGAAAUUAAAAGCCAGAGAACAAAUUAAGUUUUUUGAAGAAGUUCUUCUGUUUGAGGAUGAAUUGCAUGAUCAUGGGGUUUCAAGCCUGAGUGUGAAAAUUAGAGUAAUGCCUUCUAGCUUUUUCCUGUUAUUGCGGUUUUUCUUGAGAAUUGAUGGGGUUCUUAUCAGAAUGAAUGACACGAGACUUUACCAUGAGGCCGACAAGACCUACAUGUUGCGAGAAUAUACAUCACGAGAGAGCAAAAUUGCUAAUUUAAUGCACGUUUCACCUUCUCUCUUCACGGAACCUAAUGAAAUAUCACAAUAUUUACCAAUAAAGGAGGCGGUUUGUGAGAAGCUGAUAUUUCCAGAAAGAAUUGAUCUUAAUCCUGCAGAGUCACAAGAAAAUAAACCUGCGGAAUAAAAUGUGAUACAACAUAUACUCCCCAUGGAAUCUGACUGGAAAUCUUGGCUGUUUGUAGGGGGGUAUUUUUAUUAUGAGAAUUAAUUGCCUCGUUUAUGUGCAGGUUUUCUGUAGCCAUAAAGGAAAGAAAAAUAAAAGAUUGUUGCAGGCAGGUUCCACUCAACUGAUGUUUGUACUGUCUUCAAGUUCAUACCCAGAUUUAUAUUUUCUGGAGUUAAAUUCAGAUUUCCAAAUUGCCAUAAAGUGGGACCUCAGCAGUAGUGAUGUGUGUAUGUCUCAGUGAGUGGUGGGCAUAAUCUGCUUCCAUCAUGAAACACGAUCUUCUAUCA